UUGUAGUCGAUCUCGUGCUUCUCAUUUCGGAAACCCAGAGCGGCCUAAAAUCGGAAAAGAGCUGAUUAGAUGGGGCCAAAUAACUGUUAAUAUAUGUAAGCCAAAGUCUCGAUGAAGUUAAUUUUGCUACAGCUUUUGAUUUGGAAUGUACGCUAAGCAGCAAGUAAUGAAACCCCAGAAACCCCAAUAGAAUGAUAAUAAUUUGGGCUCUAAUCAUACAUCUUCAACUGACAUGCUUGCAUUUGCUCCUGCAGACUCAGCGCCUAUGGGCUCUCGAUGCCCUUGAAAUAAUCAACUACCAGACCACAAAAUACACAUUCCCUGAACUUUGGGAAGAGCAGCCGGUGGCGCCCACUGGAGAGGAUGUAGAUUACCAGGAGACUGAAGAGGAGGACAGCUAUUUAAAGUUCGGCGACGACGAUGAGUUGAGGACUCCUGCCUCCGAAGGACUGCAAGAAGGUUCCUUUUGCCGGCGCAGCUUCGAUGGUCGGAGUGGCUAUUGCAUCCUGGCCUACCAGUGCCUCCAUGUGAUCCGCGAAUAUCGGGUGCAUGGCACCCGCAUCGACAUCUGCACCCACCGGAACAAUGUGCCCGUCAUCUGUUGUCCUUUGGCAGAUAAACAUGUCUUGGCCCAGAGAGUCAGUGCCACCAAAUGCCAGGAGUACAAUGCAGCGACCAGAAGACUUCAGUUGGCGGAUACCGGACGCACCUUCUCCGGAAAGCAGUGCGUGCCCAGCGUGCCCUUGAUUGUGGGCGGCACUGCCACCCGACACGGUCUAUUCCCGCACAUGGCGGCCUUGGGAUGGACGCAGGGUAGCGGGAGCAAGGACACAAAGGACACAAAGGACAGCAUGGACAUAAAGUGGGGCUGCGGGGGCGCCCUGGUCAGUGAGCUGUAUGUCCUGACUGCCGCCCAUUGUGCCACCUCGGGUAGCAAGCCACCGGAUAUGGUGCGACUGGGAGCCCGCCAGUUGAACGAAACCAGCUCCGCCCAACAGGACAUCAAGAUCCUGAUCAUCGUGCUGCAUCCCAAGUACCGAUCCUCGGCCUACUACCACGACAUUGCGCUGCUCAAGUUGACCAGGCGGGCCCGGUUGUCGGAUGAGGUGCGUCCCGCCUGCCUGUGGCAACUGCCCGAGCUCCAGAUCCCCACCGUUGUGGCCGCCGGCUGGGGACGCACCGAGUUCCUGGGCGCCAAGUCGAAUGCCCUGCGACAGGUGGACCUGGACGUGAUUCCCCAGAUGCGCUGCAAGCAGAUCUAUCGCAAGGAGCGACGCCUGCCGCGCGGCAUCAUCGAGGGUCAGUUCUGUGCCGGAUAUCUGCCGGGGGGCAGGGACACCUGCCAGGGCGACUCCGGCGGUCCCAUCCAUGCCAUCCUGCCGGAACACAACUGCGUGGCCUUCGUGGUGGGCAUCACCUCGUUCGGCAAGUUCUGUGCGGCUCCCAAUGCACCGGGAGUUUACACCAGGCUGUACAGCUACUUGGAUUGGAUUGAGAAGAUUGCCUUUAAGCAGCAUUAACAAUUGUUAGUACCCACUAAUUUAAUUUAUUAAAUAUCCAUUCUAUGAAAUUUAAAAUAUUUAAUUUAUGAUUAAGCCA